CGAAACCACCAGCCUCCAUUUUUAGCCGAAUGCAACCAGACCUCCGUUGAAAUGCAGUCAGGACCAAUAAUUUCGUUCGGUAAUGUUGAAAAUAUCAAUCAUCCAGACGAAGAGGAUGAUAAUAUUUAUGAAGAGCUAAUAACUCUAACAACGAAGGCACUGUCUCUUCUCGAAGAACAAAAA